GCUGUGUGUGUGUGUGAGAGUGUGUAGCAGUGUAGGUGCUGUGUGUGUGUGUGAGAGUGUGUAGCAGUGUGUAGGUGUCAGUAUUGCCCUGACAGGCUGUGCACUGGAGAUGGAGGAACAGAAGGGGCUGCAGUGGACGGUGGUGGUCCUGACUUGUCAGCACAAGGACAGCGAGUAUGUCUUCCAGAGAGAGCUAGAGUGGCGACAGCAGCGGGGGUUGAUCCCACAGGGGGCGCUGCUGCUCACGGUGUCGGACCCUCAGGACCGGCUGGGCAGUGGGGGGGCCACUCUUAAAGCGCUGCUAGUGGCUGCAGAGCACCUGAGCGCCCAAGCCGGACACACGGUGGUCACUGCUGAUGUGCUUGAUGACGCUCACAUCCUUAUCCUGCACACGGGGCGGGACUUCCCCUUCGAUGGGUGUGGCCGAGCGUUCUGCUGGCUUCCCGCUCGGGGUCCCCCGGGGCUGGUGGAGGGGCCCCUCUGCAACCUGGACCUGCUGCUGCACUGCCUGACGCACCAGGUGGCUCCUGGCUCCCCCCCAGGGGUCUGGGUCUGUAGCACUGACAUGCUGCUCCACAUGCCCUCCACACCCGGGAUUUGCUGGGAGGGCUUCUCAGGGGUGAAAGUUGUAUCCUUGCCUGGAGACCCCAGCUUUGCCAGGAACCAUGGGAUCUACAUCACUGACCAGCAGGACACGGUGUGCGACAUCAUUUACAGGGGCCCUGUGGACCGGAUCCAGGCCUGCUCACUGCGUGAUGGCAAAGUCCCUUUGGUAGGAGUCAUGCAGUGUUUUAGGGGAUGCAGGAGGAAUGCGUGUGUCAAUGUCUCCGCAGCGUAUGUUCCCGAUGGUUACUACGACUACCUGACCCUGUCAGGCGACGAGCACAUCAGGCGGCUGACGGAGAGGGCGAAGGAGAGCAGGGAGACGCUGUCGCACGCUGAGAAACCCCAGCUGCUAAGCGAUGGGUGCUGUGUGAUUAAUAGCAUCCUGGAAGGAGAGGUCAGCGUGGGGUCGCAGGCUGUGGUGCAACACUGCCACCUGCAGGGCCCUCUAGUGGUUCAGUCUGGAUGCCUCCUGUCAGGGAUCGACCUGACCUCAUCAUCUUCCGCCCUGAAACAUCUCACCCUCUCUGACAUCAUCAUCCAGGGACACUGCAUCCGCCUGGGCGACAUGGCUCUCCGAGUCUUCACUGUCCUCGGGCGCCAUGACAACCUUGAGGCCUCUCCUGCUGACCGGAACGCCACAUUCCUCAACCGCAGCUGGACGGAAUUCUACCAGAGAACCGGGAUACAGCCCGGGGAGCUCUGGGGUUCAGGGGACCAGGAGGGUGCCCCUCACUCCCUCCUGGAUGCCCGCCUGUUCCCCGUCUUCCAGCGCAGGGGGCCUGUCGGUUUGGGGGGGUUGCUGUGGCUGCUGGGGGCCGGAGGAGGGGAGUCACAGUGGAGGGCAGCCUGGCGCCUCUCCCUGCGGGACAUUCUGUCCUGUACGGACCAGCAGGCCGAGCUGGGCUGGCGCAGGGAGCUGCUGUAUGGGGCCGCAAGGCGGCGGGCCAAGGACACGCUGCAGGGGCGGGGAGACCAGAGCCUGCUGCCGCUCAUCAGAGCCGCCGUGCUGGAGGGCCAGCAGGGGGAGCUGCUGAGCACAUUGGACAGCGUGGCGGCGAGCAGUGAGGACCCCGGAAUAGCUGCCCGCACCCUUGCCUGCAUGGCUGACGUGCUGGGCUGUCUAGCCGGGAGGGAAGGGGGCCUGAGGAGCGGCCCGGCGGCCAAUCCCGCCUGGACCUCUGCCUUCGCCAUGCUGGAGAGAGGGGACCUGCCGGGAGGAGUCCGUGCGCUGGCCAAGGAGAGGGACAACUGGCUCAGCAGACCCCACCUCCUGGUGCGUGCCGCGCGUCACUACGAGGGCGCUGCGCAGGUCCUCAUUUGGCAGGCGGUGAUGUCGGCGAGACGCUUCAUCACCGUUGGGAGGGCAGAGAUCCCUCCCCUGGAGCAGUGGGUGGAAGUGGAGUGUCCAGCCAGAAUGGACCUGUCAGGCGGCUGGAGCGACACCCCCCCCAUCACGUUCGAGCGGGGCGGCGCGGUCGUGAACGUGGCGGUGCGCGUGGAUGGGCGGCGGCCCAUCGGCGUGCGGGCCCGGCGCAUCCGGGAGCCCUGCCUGCUCCUGGUCAGCACCAGUGGGGGGCUGGACUGCCAGGUUACCACGGAGACGCUGUGCAAGACGCUGCAGGACCUGCAGGACUACUGCCAGCCCCACGCACCAGGAGCUCUGCUGAAGGCAGCCUGUAUCUGCAGUGGCCUGGUCGCUCUCCCCUCCCAGCAGCCUCUGGGAGAGCAGCUGCUGCAGCGCUGUGGAGGGGGGCUGGAGGUCCGCAGCUGGUCAGACCUUCCCCACGGCUCCGGGCUGGGUACCAGCAGUAUCCUAGCUGGGGCAGUGUUAGCUGCUCUGUACAGCACUACUGGGCAAACUUAUGACACCAUCUCUCUGAUCCACGCUGUCCUGCACCUGGAGCAGAUACUGACCACUGGGGGCGGCUGGCAGGACCAGGUGGGAGGGCUGGUGGGGGGCGUGAAGCUGGGACGGUCCCAAGCUGCCCUGCCCCUCAGGGUGGAGGUGGAGCCCCUCUCCCUGACCGAUGACUUCCUCCACACCCUCAACCGGCACGUCCUGCUGCUCUACACGGGCAAGACCCGCCUGGCGCGCAACCUGCUACAGGACGUGGUGCGGAGCUGGUAUUCACGGCUGCCUGCCAUCGUGGAGAACGUCGAGGGGCUGGUGAGGAACGCAGAGGAAUGCGCCCAGGCCAUAAGAGACGGCUCCCUGGCCCGGGUGGGUGCCUGUCUGGACCGGUACUGGCAGCAGAAACGUGCUAUGGCACCUGGGUGCGAGCCGGCCACGGUGCGGGCUAUGAUGUCAGCGCUGAGACCUCUGACCCUGGGGCAGAGCCUGGCGGGGGCAGGGGGAGGCGGUUUCCUGUGCAUCAUCACCCGGGAGGCGCAGCAGGCGGCGAGGGUGAAGGACGUCCUGGACAGCGUGCAGGGCCUGGGGGACUUCACCAUCCACACUGUGGAAGUGGACCUGCAGGGCAUCUCCAUCCGCCAGCCUGGGACAGAGAGUGACUGAGCGGGGCAGCCGGACAGCCGCCAGGAGAGAGAGGGCUGGACUUGCUGACCGUCAGACCCACAGGGAGUGGAAGAGGUGACGGAAAGUGAAGUGUCUUUGCCUGUGGCCUCCAGAAGGAUAUAAUAAUGUCACUUUAGUCUGGUUUAUAUUAUUUCACUCUUACCAGUUUUCUUCUAUCCUGUAGAAUGUGUAUCAGAAAUGACAGAAUGUUGACUUGUCCUUCAUGUUCAUGAAAUGAACCUUGGUUAUUACUUUUGGGGCUUAAAUUCUACCAGUUUAAAUAUCUUACAUGUGUAUUCCAGCCAAAGUAAAAAACAUGGAAUCUCACAGAUGGUAAUCCUUUUAGGGUAAAUCUGUGCCUCUGUCGCCUAGCAAUUGCCUCAGGAUACCCUGGGAAAGGAUGGGCUUCGUGUAUUUUCUGUAACCACAAGGGGUCUCCACUGCUACUGUUUCUGUCAGCUGCUGAAAAUAAACACACUACAGCACUACAGCUUGGAAAGAAAUAACUUUAAUAAUAAAAAUCAUCUGUACAAUGUA